AGCUGAGAGCCCAGGAUCUGUUCUCCUUAAUAAGCAAGAUUUAAACCCGUUAGGAAGACAGGAAGACGGGGAGGGGGCACUGCAGGACGAAAGGGGGCAGCAGGAGGACCCCUUUUUUCCUCAGACUGGAGAUACAAAAAAAAAGGAGGAAAAAAAAAAAAGGACCCCUUCUUUCCAGAUCCUCCUCCUCCCCCAUCCUUUCUUUGACAGUCCUGAUCAAAGCCUCCCAAAGAGCAUCUCUCUGAGCCAAGAUGUGGGACUUAUUCCAAAAACCAAGCGGAGACCUAAUGGAGUGAGGUUUGCCGGGGGAAGAAAUAAAAUCAGAUCAGUUGUUUUCUAGGGUGAGGGGUGCGUGUGUGUGUGUGUGUUGGUGAGCGAGGGAGAGAGAGGGAGUGCGUGAGACUGAGAGAGAGAGGGAGACAGAUAGAGAGACACAGACACUGCAUUGCUGCUGAUCCACGAGUCUCCAGGAAACACAGCCCCCAAUAUGCUGCUGCUCUUGCUGCUUUUGCUAGGGCUGGGGCGGUCGAGUCUAUACCAGCAGCAAGGCAGCCCCAGGUGGAGGUCACAGCUUGGCAUUUUUUUUUUCUGAACCAGGGAUUUUUUUUCUUUUUUAAGCGUAUUAUUAUUAUUUUUGUAAAUUCGGUUGGCAUUGGGCCUCCUUCCCCCACCCCCUUCCCUUCCCUUCCCCAGGCUCUGCCUUGGAUGGUUUUAGGUGGAGUCGUUUGCACCAAAACCCUCGAGCUGCCGUUAUUCUUGCUGCUAUUUUUUUGUGUGUGUGCGCGCGAGUGUGUGUGUGUGUGUGUGUGUGAUACUGUUUCCACAGCAGGAGAAGGAGGCACUGAUCCUGAACAUACUCCCAGAGAAUGAAUAAUCGUGAACAACUGACUCAAGCAGCUCCCUGCCUCCGGUGCAUGAUUUAGAUUCGGCUUUAUUUUGUUUUUCUUCCAAUCCUGGUGCAGUUUUUAUUUUGCUGCUUUUUUUUUUUUUUUUUUGGUUCAUCUUUUGGGGGAUUUGCAAACCGAAUUACAUGCAUGUCCAGUGGGGGAAGGUUUAAUUUUGACGAUGGAGGGUCUUACUGUGGAGGAUGGGAGGACGGAAAGGCUCACGGCCAUGGAAUCUGUACCGGCCCGAAGGGUCAAGGCGAGUAUUCAGGAUCCUGGAGUCACGGCUUUGAGGUGCUGGGGGUCUACACCUGGCCCAGUGGCAACACUUACCAGGGCACCUGGGCGCAGGGCAAGCGCCAUGGCAUUGGCGUGGAGAGCAAGGGGAAGUGGGUGUACAAAGGAGAGUGGACCCAUGGAUUUAAGGGACGGUACGGGCUCCGAGAAUGCACUGGCAACGGGGCCAAAUAUGAAGGCACCUGGAGCAAUGGAUUACAGGACGGCUACGGCACAGAGACCUACUCGGAUGGAGGGACAUACCAGGGCCAGUGGGUCGGCGGGAUGCGCCAAGGCUACGGUGUCCGGCAGAGCGUUCCCUAUGGCAUGGCUGCGGUUAUCAGGUCGCCCCUGAGGACGUCCAUUAACUCGCUGCGCAGCGAGCACACCAACGGCACGGCGCUGCACCCCGAUGCCUCGCCCGCGGUGGCCGGCAGCCCCGCCGUCUCCAGGGGCGGCUUUGUCCUCAUGGCCCACAGCGACGCCGAGAUCCUCAAGAGCAAGAAGAAGGGCAUCUUCCGGCGGUCCCUGCUGAGCGGGCUCAAGCUGCGCAAGUCCGAGUCCAAGAGCUCCCUGGCCAGCCAGCGGAGCAAGCAGAGCUCCUUCCGCAGCGAGGCGGGCAUGAGCACCGUCAGCUCCACUGCCAGCGACAUCAACUCCACCAUCAGCUUGGGAGAAGGCGAGGCAGAGCUGUCCGUCAUCGAGGACGACAUCGAUGCCACCACCACCGAGAUCUACGUGGGCGAGUGGAAGAACGACAAGCGGUCGGGCUUCGGGGUCAGCCAGCGCUCGGACGGGCUGAAGUACGAGGGGGAAUGGGCCAACAACAAGCGCCACGGCUACGGCUGCAUGACCUUCCCGGAUGGCACCAAGGAGGAAGGGAAAUACAAGCAGAACGUCCUGGUCAGCGGCAAGCGGAAGAACCUCAUCCCGCUGCGGGCCAGCAAGAUCCGCGAGAAGGUCGACCGGGCCGUCGAGGCAGCGGAGAGGGCGGCCACCAUCGCCAAGCAGAAAGCGGAGAUCGCGGCGUCCAGGACUUCCCACUCCCGGGCGAAAGCGGACGCGGCUGUGACAGCAGCGCAGAAAGCUCAGGAGGAAGCUCGGAUUGCCAGGAUCACUGCCAAAGAGUUUUCGCCUUCCUUCCAGCACAGGGAAAAUGGGCUCGAGUGCCAGAGGCCAAAGCGUCAGAAUUCAAGCGAUGACAUUGAGGUCCUCUCCACGGGGACCCCUCUCCAGCAAGAAAGCCCGGAGCUGUACCGGAAAGGGACCACCCCUUCAGACCUCACUCCCGAUGACAGCCCCCUGCAAAGCUUCCCCGCCAGCCCCACCUCCACCCCGCCGCUGGGUCCCUCCUGCCGGAACAAGAGCGCCCAUUUCUCCAGACAGGUCUCGGUGGACGAAGAGCGGGGUGGGGACAUCCAGAUGUUGUUGGAGGGACGAGGCGGGGACUACUUAAGACCCAACAGCUGGAGCGAAGACAAAGCAUGUGGGACUCGUGGCAUUAGAAGUGGGGCCCUGCGCAGCGGUCACCUGGGGUCCUCCUCCAUCCCUGAAGACUACAGAGGCCGGAGCGGAGGACACAAACACAUGGCCUCCAACCACAAGCAAAGAGAGCGGUGGACAGAUUCCCCAGCCACGGUUUCUUGGACUUCCCACCAUCGGCCCCACAACCACAGCUCAGGGAGCUCCAAGCUGCUUGAGCUGGACGAGGAGAAGAUUAGCAAUUAUGAGAUGGAGAUGAAGCCCCUCAUGAGGAUGGAUUCUUAUAUGCAAGAGAUUCACACCCAAAAAAGACACUAUAGCAAAGCCGGCCCCUGCAGGAGCCUGGCGGAGGACCACCGUGGGGAAGACCGGGGCUUCGGGGUUCAGAGAUUGAGGUCUAAGUCCCAGAACAAAGAGAAUUUCAGGCCAGCUUCCUCCGCCGAGCCGACGGUGCAGAAACUGGAAAACCUGAGGUUCGGUGACAAAGGUGAACCCCGGCUACUACGGUGGGACUUAACCUUCUCCCCGCCACAGAAAUCCUUACCUGUUGCACUAGAAUCCGAGGAGGAGAACGGGGAUGAGCUCAAAUCCAGUACGGGCUCCGCUCCCAUCCUGGUAGUCAUGGUGAUCUUACUCAAUAUUGGAGUCGCCAUUUUGUUUAUUAACUUUUUCAUCUAACUCGAGACUGUCUCGUUUGCAAAAAUAACAGUUACACGUACGAAUGGGGGGAAAAACAAACCAAACAAGAACAACAAAAAACAAAAACACAAAAAAAAAAAGAAAAAAAAAGGGAAAGAGCAUAACUCAAACUGUCCGACGACUAUUUCCGAGUCUUUUCACAGCAGAACAACAAAAGAUUGAGUCUCACUCACAGUUUGCCUUUUUUCCUGGGUAAUGUUUUUUGGAUUUUAGCCAAAAUUCUUUGCUUGUACAACACUAUGCUGUGUGGCAUGGCCGAAUGCGAUCAACUCCGACCCUCCCGACACCAGAAAGGAUGAGAAGGGAUCCCAGCAAAAUCCGAAUCCACGUGUUUGAGAAAACAAAAGAAGGAGAACAGGGAUAAUCGAAUUACCAAGCGGGGAGAUUGCGGGCAGGUGGAGCAGACUUUUCUCCAGGGGGCACGAACUGCAGCUCCUGAAGGGCUCCGUGCUGAGUCUUUUUUGGGGGAGAAACACAACAGCUUUGGUUAUGAAGUAGACAGAGAAAAAACAAAGAGAUAUCUAUCCCCUCUCGCCCCCGGCCCUCUCCAGACGACGGAUGAACCACUCGCGGCUUUCUUCCCCUCUCUUCCCAACCAGCACAACGGUGGACCGAGGAGAAAGGGAGGUUUUGGGGGGAGAGGGAUGGGUCCCCCCAGCUCCAGAGGGUCAGAGGAGCAGCCCCGUUGGGUGUAGUUUGGAAACCAGUAAUGAAGCGAUGACCAGUUUGCUCAAUGGGGUUGGGGGAGGGAACGCAAGACGUGACCGAUGGACCCACCCCCCUCCUUUCCUCGCUCUCUUUUCCCAGCAGCUCCCUCCUCGAUCCAGACCAACGAUGCCCAAAGCCAACUCUUCCUCGGUACAAAUCCCCCCGUCCCCGAGUUAAUCACGUGGCAGCUUAUGAUGCCUCCCCAACACACACAUGUGCACACGUCAGAAGUGGCAAUACUCACACGGAGCGGUCCGUCAUCCCAUCCCGACCCACGGCCGCUCACACACGCACCCAGAGACUGCAAGGAAGCCGUGCGGUGAGGGCCGCGGGUCGGACCCGGAGGAAGGCGUCUGAGCAGGGGAGGCCAGGAGGGUGGCGGGCGUGCCUCUGACAUCUUGCUGUGGACCAUUUCAGACAUCGUGCUUGGGCUCUGAGCAUGUUGCGUUUUGCACUGUGUAUGCAGGAUGUAUAUUCCAGCUUCCGACAUGUCCCUGUGAAAAAAAAGAAACCCUUCAUUGGCACUGGCAGCCUCUAAGGAUGUAUUCUUUUCUAUAUGUCACUGGAUCCGUUUGUUUAUAACAUCUUUGUAAUAUGCCUGCCUGGAUUUCUUCUUCUUUUCUUUUUUUUCCUUUUUUUUGGUUUUUUUUUAAUCCCCCUCCCUUCCCCGAUGAUAUGCGUAUUCAUUAAAGAUGCAGCAUCCCUGUU